GGAGCUGCCGCUCUCCGUCGGGUUCCCUGCGCCGCCGGGCCCGCGGCGGAUCGUUCCGCCUGCCCGCCGCGGACCGUAUCACCACCGGCCUCCUGGUGCUUCCAGGGGAGCGGGAGAAGGAUGGGGAAUGGGGACCCCCGACCCGCCUGGCCCCUGCUGGCCAUGGUGCUCUUCAGCCUGACCGCCUCUCUGGGCUUGGCGGAUGAAGACUGCCUGUGGUACCUGGACAAGAAUGGCUCAUGGCACCCUGGCUUUGAAUGCAACUUCUUCACCUUUUGCUGUGGCAAUUGUUACCAGCGCUACUGCUGCAUCGACCCCCUGAAGCUCAUCACGGAGAGGCAGCAGAAGCACUGCCUUGCUUUCAGCCCAAAGACUAUCGCUGGCAUUGCCUCAGCCGUCGUCCUCUUUGUGGCCAUUGUUGCCACCAUCAUCUGCUGCUUCAUGUGCUCUUGCUGCUACCUGUACCAGAGACGGCAGCACAUGCGGACACCCUUCCAAGGCCAGGAAAUCCCGUUGUCCAGCUACCCAGCUCAGCCACCAGUCACCUACCCUGUGGAUCCCAAAGCAGGACCUGCACCCCCCCAGCCAGGCUAUGCCCCCAUGGCCAUGUAUCCGCCCACUGCCCCAGCUGCACAGUAUCCGAUGUACCCAGCAGGGCCCCCGCUGUACAACCCAACAGCACCCCCACCCUACCUUCCACCACAGCCCACCUACCCUGGAGCCUGAGGAGACCCCAGAGAGACUGCAGAGUCAGCGCCUUGUGCCCUGGACUGUGAGCUUAUGAGCCCCUGCUGCGGGCUUCUCUGCUGCAUUGUGACUCCUGUGAACCUCAGACACCUCGUGCCUGGUCCCAGACUAGCCAUUGCCACCUUCUCCCUCAGCAAAGCGGUGCAGUACACCCCCUUCCCUCUCCUGCCUGUUUCACUGAGGGACUAUGCCAAUUAGGGUCCUCCUGUGGUCCCCUGGGUAUGACAAGUGGGUUCCCCCAGGGCAUGCCAAAUGGGGUCCCCCUGAAGUCCCUUGGGCAUGAUAAGUGACUCUUUCCAGUGCGUACUGAAUGGGGCACCCCCACAGUCCCUUGGGCAGCAAAGUGGGGUACCCCAGGAUGUGCUAAGUGGGGCACUCCUGCAGUCCCUGGGCCAUUUCUGAGUGUCACAGCUCUGUAUGGCCUUAGUGAGGGAGGCUGAGUUCUGAGGGACCAAAAUACACAACAUGAGCACAAAGGAAGCUCUUGUGCAGCCAGACACUGGCUCCUUUGUGGGACGAGUUCCUUCUGCUGAAGCUGCCUCUGCAAAGGCUCCACCUCAGCUCAGCGCUCACAGGCACCGGGAUCUCAAUAGCCCAAUUGUGAUGGGGAGCAGUGCCCUGUUGGCAUGACCCUGGUGUGACCAUGGGCCCCUUCUCCUCCUGGCAUAGCCCAGCCCUUCCCAAGGGGUGGGUUAGUCUGAGAACGAUUGCCAUGGAACCAAGGUCUGGGGGGCUCCUAGGCAGCACCUCCUGUGGCAUGGUGCAGUUUCUCCAAACCUAGCACAAGGGCCCUGUGCAUUUGCAGCUGCAGCAGGACAGUUGCGAGCUGCAGGCACUGGGGCAGGGCAGGGUGCCACUUGGCAGGCACCCACAGUCCUGUUGCUCACUGAGGCCUGGUACAGCUCAUUGCUCCCCGUGGGCUUCCUCCCAAAAGAGAAACCUCACAUUAGGAGCUGCCAUUGCAGCCUGCAUGGGGUCGGGCAUAGCACACUAACAGAUGGCCCCGCACUGCACUUGGGUGUCCAGGAUCACUUGCCAAGCCCAGUGGGGCUCCUCUCAGGGCCCCUGAAUGGCAGGAGGCUCGAGCUUCCAUCUGGCAUCUGGCCAGCAUCACACAGCUCAGCCCCACAAAACAAGUGUGACCAUUGCUCUCGCAGGUGAGCCGCAGCCCCCAUGCUAUUGCAUCCUCUGUUCACUGGCCAAGGGGGCCCCCGCUCGCACCAUGCUGCCCCCAGGGAGCAGUGGCAAGGUUAGGGGCUCACUGCGUCCAGGUGGCUCAUGGGGGUAGCAGCAGGGGAGCUUACACUCAAGCUUCACAGGAGUCCCCCAGAGCUGGAGUGGGAAUUUCCCUGGAGAAACACCAUCUCACCACCCCUGAUCAAUGCCACCCUUCCUGACCCUCAGACUAGAGAUCCCACCCCCACCCCCAUGCACACGGCAGGGCAGAGGGAAACUCUGCCUCCUCCCCUGUAGGCCAGGUUGGCUUCCCAGCCUGUCUCUUCCUCUCCUACUUUCCCUGCUCUACAAGUGGACAAACCUGUGACUGACCCUUCCCCAGGUGCAUUGGGAUCCCUGGAAAUGGGUAACAGAGAUCAGUUCUCACCUUGUCUGUAGUGCCAGGGCACUGACUGUGGGGUCCCUGCCCAGAUGGCCAGGGUCAUUUGGGGUUAUUGCUCCUUCUAGUUCACUUCAGUACAGUAUUUGAAGCUGUUUACUGCCCUUUCCCUGGGGGAGACAGGAGGGUCUCUAGGACAGUUGGGCAGCCUGGGGCCAUGGCCAGGUCACUGGGAAGCUAGGUGUGCAAGAUUUGAUCACUAGUCCGGCCUGUCCUGCCCUAGACUCUGCUCUAUUAAGUCAGACUUGCUGGCCCGUCUGGCCUGUGCCCUGCCACCUCAGACUCAGCCUGUCUAGGAUCCUCCGCUGCUUGUCUAGGCUGCUGGCUCGCCUCUGCCAACAGCUGGUAUUUGGUGCUUCAAAGGAAAGUCACCUGGCCAAUUGUGUGAUACUGCCCUGGGGAUUUCCCCUCCCUGAUGCCUGCACUGAAGCCCAGAUUUUGCUUUUCCCCAAGAAGCAGGAGUAAGGCUUGGAGGCAGGAGGUGAGCUGCCUCAUCGCCCUGUGUGUGGUGGCCUCCUGCUCCAGCCAUGCACCCACCUCCUGCUGCCCGGAGCCAUGCAGCAGCCACUGCUGUGCUGCCAUAGCUGGAAUGACAAGUGUGUCCAUCAGUGUGCACUAAAAACCUGAUUAAACCUGUUCAUAGGUAAAUGCCUUCUGUGUUCUGGGACUUGAAGAGUGCAGGGUGAGGCCUGGCACGGGCAGGGACCAUAUUCAGCCUGGCUUCGGGUACCAUUAAACAUCCCAGCCACUGAGCAAGGAGCAGGGACAGACUCUUGGCCUUCAAGGCCCUCUGGCUGAGGAGAGGAGGCUGCAUUAUGGGGUGUGACAAGAGCUCAGCUGGAAGGGUGAGUUUCCUUUACAUAGUCCGUGACAAUGAGCCCCCAGAGGGACACAGUCAAUGUCUCUGUCCUCAGCUGCUCAGGAGGCAAAUUCCAGCAUGAGCAUCCCAAGCAGGCAGAGUGCUCCUACACCUGCCUCCCUGUGCACAGGGCGUCACCCUAGCAGGGCGAGGCAUGGCACAUCAGGGAGUCACCUCUCUUGGGCCCCCCUGUGGUGUGAGUGUGUGUGAGGGUGCUGUCAGGCUCUGGCAGAGUCAGCCAAGCCCCUGUCCUCUUGUCCCUGGGCCUCCGAGCCCUUUCCUCCUCUCAUAGCAACGGGGCUGAUUCAAACACUUCAGGUUAGUCAUCUCAGGGAGCCCAUUGUCUUCUUAAUACAGUCACCUUGGGGGGGGGCACAGCAGGACCCCACUGAUGGGAGACAGCAUAGUGUGGUGGACAGGACACAAUAGCACACGAGGGUUCUAUUUCCAGCUCUGCCAUUGCCUUGUUGUAUGACUUUGAGCAAAUCUCUAUGCCUCUGUUUCCCCAUCCCCAUUUGUCUUGUCUGUUGAGACUGUAAGCUCUUUGGGGCAG